AUGUCUUCACCUGCUUCUUCCGCGACACCCUCCACGCCCACGACGCCCUCGGCAUCAAACCCAUCCUGGUCCUACACCGGCUGCUUCGUUGACACCGUCAACCCGCGCACCCUCCCGCAAUGGUCAAACUUCAACGGGCCGAACAUGAAGAACGACGCGUGCGUCUCAUUCUGUGAUUCGCGCGGAUACACCAUUGCAGGCACUGAGUACGCCGGGCAAUGUUUCUGUGGGAACGAGAUCACAACCCCGAAGUUGGAUGAGGGUAAGUGCAACAUGGCUUGUACUGGGGCGGCAGGGGAGAUGUGCGGAGGACCCGGUGCCCUCAGUUUAUGGACGAAGAGCGGUUCGGGCAGCAAGAAAAUGGUCAAGAGACAGCAGCUCAGCUACAAGCCGUGGAGGAAGAUGAUGGGGUAUUGA